AUGCGGGGACUACAGGGCGCUGAACCAGGUAACGACUCCGGACAGGUUUACCUGCUGACCUGUGUCGACAGGUUCACCCGCUGGGCGAAGGCCAUCCCUAUCGCGGACAUCACUGCCGAGACGGUUGCGAGUGCUUUCCUGUACCACUGGGUAGCCCGUUUCGGGGUGCCCUCCACGAUAACAACAGACCGCGGCCGACAGUUCGAAUCAGCCCUUUUCACUGCCAUCAGUCAGCUCAUGGGCACCUCACGCAUACGCACGACGGCGUACCAUCCCAUGAGCAAUGGCACGGUGGAGCGCUUUCACCGCCAGCUGAAGGCUGCGCUCACGGCAACCGAGGAACACAACUGGGUGGAGGCCCUCCCACUCGUUCUUUUGGGUAUAAGGUCCGCCUUGAAAGAGGACAUUGGCUGCAGCGCCGCUGAGCUGGUCUACGGCACGACACUCAGGCUGCCGGGAGAGUUCUUUGCGCGCGGCUCAGAGGAGGCAUCCAUAGCUUGCAGCGACUAUGCACUUCGCCUACGCAACGUCAUGAGCAAACUGCGCGCGGUAUCUCCACGGCCCCCAGGGUCGCGUGUGGUGCACGUCGACCCACAGCUCACAUCGUGCCCAUAUGUGUUUGUCCGACACGACGCGGUUCGGCGACCUCUUCAGCCACCCUAUGAUGGGCCGUUUCAAGUCCUCCGCCAUGGACAAACAAUUCACAAUCAAGAGAAGCGGCCGUGA